AUUAAGGACAAGAAAAGGCAAUAUAACAUCGGCGCAGCGAGCGCAUCCACAACGCCACAGCGAGCACACCCCAGCCAGCCUGACGCAACGCCACAGAGAGCGCAGCCACAAGGUGACGACAGUGAUGAUGUUACUGGUGGUAGCAGACGAUGACAGCAGGAUGUUCUAGGGUUUAGGUGACGUCAGGAGAUUCUAAGGUUUUGGCAGAAGUAGAACCUAACUCCGAUGAGUGAAACAAAUGCAAUCUCCCUUCAGAUCAGAGAUUUCUAUACUCAGCUUUGAUUCCUAUAACCCAACCUAGGUUUUUGAACAGAUUCUGGUCACGAGUUAAAUGAGAUGUGUCUCUGUAGAAUCAUUCCACACAACUACAGGCUCUGAGUUGAUUUUGGCUCCAACUUUUAAGACAUUUGCUUGUUAAGUUACUUGCUAUAGAAGGUUGGACUGUGAUGAAGAUUACCCGUACGUUGUGCUUGAUUUGUUCAAAUGCGGCUCAACACAAGCAUUACCAGUUCUUUCCCUCUUAAGAAAAGUCCCAACUCUAGCUCCGGAACAAAGAUUCUUGAAAAAGAGCAUAUUUUUACAACCAUGUUUACUGGCAAUUUUGUUUGCAUCGUGUGUGCUCGGUCUUUGCAUUACCGGUUCUACUCCUGGUAUUUCUAUAGCUUACCAUAUCUUUUGUGGAGAACACCUUUUCCGACAGUUGUCAGGCUGUUGUUGUUUGAAGGGGUGGAGUUCUGCUGGUAGGUUCUCCCCUCCACUGUAUACUCAUCCCUUGUGCUUCUUUGUGUACACAUAAUCAUCUUGUGGGGUCUGUGGCGGGCCCCACCUGAGUAUCCAUACGAAAAUGACCGAUCCCAAGCUGGAAUGAAAGCCAGUUGAUCAUUAAUCCUGCUUUGUUUGCUUUUUUGGGAGAUAUUUCCAUUUUUGUUCUGAUCUUUUUUUAUUUGAAAUAUUAACUUUUCAUGACCUGUCACAGUUGGAAACUUGAUUGCAAAACAACAAAUAUGUGAUACAACUCUUCAAAAUAUAGAUGAAAUUGUCAAUUUAGAUGGUAGUGAUUUCAUAUAUGUAACAAAAUAUACGGCAGUUAACAUAUGGCCUCCAUUUGGUACUGGUCAAUCA